GCGUUCUCCUGACGCGGCUACACACCUCGAGUUCAUUCAGCCAUGUCUGACGCUGCUCCAGUUGCUGCUUCUCCCGUUGCUUCUCCCAAAUCUUCACCCAAGAAGACUAAGGCCACAAAGCCGAAGGGUGAGAAGAAAGCGAAGGCCACGUCAAGCCAUCCCGUAUACAGCGCCAUGAUCAAGGCUGCCAUUAAAGAACUAAAGGAACGCAAAGGUGCCUCAAAACAAGCUAUUCAGAAAUAUAUCAUCCAGAAGUACAAAGUUGGAGACAAUGACAAGCAGAUCGGUUCCCGUAUUCGGAUGGCUCUCAAAAAAGGAGUUACUGGCGGUACAUUGAUGCAAGCUUCUGGAACUGGAGGAUCUGGACGAUUCCGUUUGGCCGACAAAGCUGAGCCAAAACCCAAGAAAGUCGCUGCUAAAAAAUCUUCAUCUACUGGAGCUGCCAAGCCCAAGAAGACCUCUUCCACAAAGCCAAAGAAAGCCACUGGUACCAAGACGAAAGCAGCUGGAUCUUCCACGCCAAAGAAGACCAAGUCUGCAUCCAAGCCCAAGUCUCCCAAGAAGAAAUCCACAGCAUCCAAGCCCAAAAAGACGAAAUCCCCCAAGAAGGCCUCAUCACCCAAGAAGAAGACCACCACCGCCAAGAAAUCCACGAAGCCCAAAACCCCCAAAAAGCCAUCGGCUAAGAAAGCCACCAAGGCCUAAGCACCACACUAAAUACCUCAUCUACGAUCUCAUCGUGUAUAUAUUAACCCGUUGAAUGUGUGUAUUUCUGUGUGCUUACGUACCUACCUCUUCUCUCGAUCGAUCACAAUUUGCCUUUGGUUUACGAUGGAAUCGAACCCGUAGCAAUGUUGUUUUUUCUUUAGUACCAGUUCCAAUUCUUAUACGAGUCCUAAGGACAUAAUUGAUGUAAUAAAGAAUUG